CACUUUUACUCAUAAAAGACUCCUGGCUGGGAGGCCAGGCAGCAGAUAAUUAGUUAGCUUCUAUUCGACAGCAGGCUUAACCAGGUCAAUUCGGCCUGUGGAUACUUCAACAUUUUCUACCCACACAGACCAACGCGUUGUGCAAACAGAUGCUUUAGAUCGCACACAGUUUGGGCCUCUUUAGUGCAGUUUGCAUUGCAUUCGAGUAGUUUCGCACAGCUCCGUGCUACAGAAAGAUCUUCCCAGCAGCAGACACCUGGACUUCAGCUGCAAAAAGCUAGCACUGCAAGCCAGCACAUUGGUUUUCAAAUUAAACUGCAGGUUGGAAUAGCAAAGUCUCUUAAUCUGUGUGCAGAAUGGCGAGACCUUCAAGGAAUAAAAGGGUUGUUGACUAUGCACAAUUCCAGGAGUCUGACGAUGCAGAUGAGGAAUAUGGAAGAGAAUCGGCUCGACCUGAGAAAAUCUCUGUAAAACGCAGUGAUGAUUCUCGAAUCAAGGACCGCAAGAAGGAUUGUAGUGAUGAUGACAAUGACUAUGGGGAGGAUGAGGAAGAGGAGGAUGAUGCUGGUGACAGUGAUUUUGAUGCUAAAGAGGCCAGCAGAGGGAGACAGGCAACAGCUAAACGAAAAAGGCCUGCAGAUGACAGUGAUGAUGAUGGUAAGGUUGUGAGGAAGAAGGGUCGUCAGGUGCGUCAGGCUGCCACUAAAGCUGCAUCCAAACAGAGGGAGAUUCUCCUUGGGGAUGGAGGCAGUGAGGAUGAGGAGGAAAAGAAAGAGGAGGAGGAAGACGACAGUGAUGUUUACACUGGGGAUUCAGGCAGUGAUGAAGACUUCACGGUGGAGGAUGACGAUGAUGACAGCGAUUAUGGCCGUCCGAAACGGAAGAACUCAAAAGUGAGCAGGAGAAGCAAAGACAAGAAAUCCCCUAAACCCAAGAUAAGGGCUUCAGCGACCCGAGGGCCCAAGAAGAGGAGAGGAAAACGUCAGACGAAGGUGAAGAGAGUUGUGAAGAAGGCCUCGCCUAAAGCCGAAGAUGAAGAGAUCGAGAGCAACAAGGAGGAGGAGGAAGAGGACGAGGCACAGGAGGAAAACCAAAAGGAGUCGUCUGCCCCCAAGAAGACGCAGGAUGACGAAAGCGGCGCCGAAGGAGAGGAAAACACUGAUAACGGAGAAAAGGUGGAGGAAGAGGAGGAGAAGGAGAAGGAGAAUGAGAAUGAGAAAGAGGCAAAGGACGAUGUUUCUGAGGAGGAAGCUCCAUCAGGUGAAGACUGAGUUCUUUCGCCUGCUGGAGAACAUGUCUGUUAUCUUUUUUCUUAACGAGGAGCAUUAGAAUUUAUUUCCCACAAUACUCAAAGAGUGUUUCGGAUGUUUGUCAUGUUUCUCUCAGCUUGUAAAUACCAUAUCUCCAAACGAAAUCUGUAAAGUAUCAUCAGACCCAUCUUAAAUCUGUACGGUUUGGCCUAAUCCUGAAACACGGUCUUUCAUAUUAAUAUUUAUCAAUGUUUCAAUUAUAGCUUUGCGACAUUUUUGCCCAAACCGUUUUGGUACAGUUGACCUUCAAUGUAUAAUAAAGGACGAAGAUUAUUUGCCCGGGGAAAAAUUGUAUUUGAAAAGAACAUAUCUGCUUGUUUAUUCCCAAACAAACCAUUUUUUGUCACUUUUAAUGUACAUGAUCUCAGCCCAGCUUUGUUGACCGGUGAAACCACAGGCUUAUAAUGAGCAUAUAACGCUUGUCUUCAUGAGCUGCACUGGAUUGUUGUGGCUGCAGUUCAGUCAUAUGAUUUCCUUGCUACAUCAACUGUACGUUACAUAGCUGUAGUACGCUACUUUCUCCCACUUUCCGUGCAGUUACUUCUUGAUUCAGUCUAGUAAAUCAGCUUUUUUCCGUCUGAGCAUUUGAACUAAGAUGACUUUUUCUAUGGUUGUAUUGAACCUCUUUUAUGGUUGGCAUGCUUUCAUGUACGUGGUGCGAAGUACGUCGGUGGGCGGAGUCUCAGGCUCGGAGUGAUGUCAGAAGUGAAAAGCUAGUGAAAACCUUAAUAUUGACCUCUGUGAUGCUUCAUGUGUGCAUUUUUUUAAAGAAUAUUUUGAUGCUUAUAGAUGCCUUUUUAAAUGAGCGGUCCGUUGAGCCAUUAGAAUGGUAAAAACGAGCCGAAUUCAGUGCACACCAUCCAUAGCUUUCUCAGCUGCAUAUGACUAUUUUUAUUGCUUGUAUCUCCAUCCUAAUCUGUAGCUUUUCAGUCUAUAUCAUAAUUUAUCCAAAAUAAAUGUAUGUUUUAAUUACGCUAUUCUGAUUUUUGUAAAAAUUUGUUUUACAAGGAAAGAAUAAAAUGUAUCUUUAAAGAAA